UGCUGAACGCCAGAUGUGAUCGGUUCGGGGCCUGCUAGUGUAUCAGUGUCAGAAGCAAGAAACGAUUAGGGAGACAAGAUCCCAGGAGGCAUAUGCACUGAAGAGAACAUAAUACAGUGAUGGCUUGUCUUACAAUGACAGAGAUGGAAGGAACCACAACCUCCACUGUCCACCAAAAUGGCGAUGUCCUUGGGAAUGCUAAUGCACCAAAGCAGAUGGAGCCAAUGCUUCAGGUUUACCUUUAUCAUUCCCCAGGGAAGACAGAAGGAGACUAUCUACCCUUUCCAGUUGGAGACUAUAUGGCAGAAGAGAUAUGCAUUGCUGCUUGUAGGGCUUGUGGUAUCAUGCCUGUGUACCAUAAUAUGUUUGCACUGAUGAGCAAGACAGACAGAAUUUGGUUUCCUCCGAAUCACAUCUUCCAUGUAGACGAGUCGACCAGGUUCAUUCUGCUUUACCGGAUAAGGUUUUAUUUUCCUCACUGGUAUAGUAAUGGCAGUAGCAGAGCAUAUCGGUAUGGCAUUACCCGGGGUUCAGAAAGUCCUGUUCUUGAUGACCUUGUCAUGUCUUACCUGUUUGCUCAGUGGCGUGAUGAUUUUGUAGAUGGAUGGAUAAAGAUGCCUGUUACUCAUGAAACCCAGGAAGAAUGCCUUGGAAUGGCUGUUUUGGAUAUGAUGAGAGUGGCCAAAGAAAAGGACCAAACUCCUCUGGCUAUCUACAAUUCAGUCAGCUACAAAAUGUUUUUGCCUAAAUGCGUUCGAGCAAAAAUCCAGGACUAUCAUUUUUUGACACGAAAAAGAAUAAGGUACAGAUUCCGCAAAUUCAUCCAGCAGUUUGGCCAGUGUAAAGCUACUGCCAGGAAUUUGAAACUUAAAUAUCUUAUAAAUCUGGAAACCCUUCAGUCAGCCUUCUAUUCAGAGGUUUUUGAAGUGAAAGAGCCUGGCAGAGGUCCUUUGGGUGAGGAGAGAUUUGCAACCAUUGUAAUAACUGGAAACAGUGGAAUUCAGUGGUCAAGAGGAAAACUUAAAGACAGUGAGACACUGGCAGAACAGGAUUUACAGACAUACUGUGAUUUUCCGGAUAUCAUUGACAUCAGCAUUAAGCAAGCAAGCCAAGAAGGCUCCAGUGAAAGUAGAAUUGUUACCAUUCACAAGCAGGACAGCAAGAAUAUGGAGGCUGAAUUUCAGUCAUUGAAAGAAGCUCUCUCUUUUGUAUCAUUAAUUGAUGGAUAUUACAGAUUAACUGCAGAUGCUCACCAUUACCUUUGUAAAGAAGUAGCACCGCCUUCAGUGCUUGAAAAUAUUCAAAGCAACUGCCAUGGACCAAUCUCCAUGGACUUUGCAAUCAAUAAACUGAAGAAAGCGGGCAAUCAGACUGGCCUCUAUGUUCUUCGUUGCAGUCCUAAAGAUUUUAAGAAAUACUUCCUUACCUUUGCUGUAGAGCGAGACGGUAUCACUGAUUGUAAGCACUGCUUAAUUACAAAAAAUGAGAUUGGGGAGUAUAACCUAAGUGGAACGCAGAGAAGUUUCAGUAAUCUUAAGGAUCUGUUGAACUGCUAUCAGACCGAAACAGUGCGUUUAGACUCUAUCAUUUUCCAGUUUACCAGAUGCUGCCCUCCAAAACCAAAAGAUAAAUCUAAUCUUCUAGUCUUCAGGAGCAAUGGUGUCUCUGUACCUACGUCACCCACACUACAGAGACACAAUAAUGCCAACCAAAUGGUCUUUCACAAAAUCCGUAAUGAGGAUUUGAUAUUUGAAGAGAGUCUUGGGCAAGGCACUUUUACUAAGGUAUCCAAAGGUAUAAGAAAAGAAGUGGGAGAUUAUGGCCAGCUCCAUCAAACUGAAGUCCUUUUAAAAGUGCUAGAUAAGCUGCAUAGAAACUACUCUGAGUCUUUCUUUGAGGCAGCAAGCAUGAUGAGCCAGCUUUCUUACAAGCACCUGGUACUAAAUUAUGGAGUCUGUGUCUGUGGAGAGGAGAAUAUCCUGGUACAGGAGUAUGUAAAAUUUGGAUCUUUGGACACAUAUUUGAAAAAGAACAAAAAUUCUAUUAACAUCUUGUGGAAACUGGAAGUAGCUAAACAGUUGGCAUUGGCCAUGCAUUUUCUAGAAGAUAAAGGCCUGGUUCAUGGGAAUGUAUGUGCAAAAAAUAUCUUGCUUAUCAGAGAGGAAGAUAGGAAAUCUGGAAAUCUCCCAUUUAUUAAACUUAGUGAUCCUGGCAUCAGCAUUACGGUUUUGCCAAAAGACAUUCUUCUCGAAAGAAUACCUUGGGUUCCACCAGAAUGCAUUGAGAAUCCCAAACAGCUAAGCCUGGCAACAGACAAGUGGAGUUUUGGUACCACUUUGUGGGAAAUCUGCAGUGGGGGAGACAAGCCUCUUGGUGCACUAGAUUCCCCAAGAAAACUUCAGUUUUAUGAAGAUAGGCACCAGCUUCCUGCACCAAACUGGACAGAACUCGCAAAUCUUAUAAACAACUGUAUGGAUUAUGAGCCAGACUUCAGGCCUUCAUUCAGGGCCAUAAUACGAGAUCUUAACAGUUUGUUUACUCCAGAUUAUGAGCUACUGACAGAAAGUGACAUGUUGCCAAACAUGAGAAUUGGUGCUCUUGGAUUCUCUGAGGCUUUUCAAGACCGUGACCCAACACAAUUUGAAGAAAGACACCUUAAGUUCUUACAACAACUUGGCAAGGGUAAUUUUGGCAGUGUUGAGAUGUGCCGGUAUGACCCACUCCAAGACAACACUGGAGAGGUGGUGGCUGUGAAAAAGCUACAGCACAGCACUGAAGAGCACCUGCGAGACUUUGAAAGGGAAAUUGAAAUCCUUAAAUCCCUGCAGCAUGAGAACAUUGUUAAAUACAAAGGAGUGUGCUAUAGUGCUGGACGCAGAAAUCUGAGGUUGAUAAUGGAAUAUUUACCAUAUGGAAGUUUACGUGACUAUCUCCAGAAACACAAGGAGAGGCUGGAUCAUAAGAAACUUUUACUGUAUACGUCUCAGAUCUGCAAGGGCAUGGAGUAUCUGGGCACAAAAAGGUAUGUUCACCGAGAUCUGGCAACAAGAAAUAUCUUAGUGGAGAAUGAGAACAGAGUUAAAAUUGGAGACUUUGGAUUGACAAAAGUCUUGCCACAAGACAAAGAAUACUACAAAGUAAAAGAGCCUGGGGAAAGCCCUAUAUUUUGGUAUGCUCCUGAAUCAUUGACAGAAAGCAAGUUUUCUGUGGCAUCAGAUGUAUGGAGCUUUGGUGUGGUCCUGUAUGAACUCUUCACAUAUAUUGAAAAGAGCAAAAGUCCUCCAGCGGAAUUUAUGCGCAUGAUUGGUAAUGAUAAACAGGGACAGAUGAUUGUAUUCCAUUUGAUCGAGCUUUUGAAGAGUAACGGACGACUCCCAAGACCAGACGGGUGCCCUGAUGAGCAAGGAGGUCUUCACCCAACCUGAAAGACUUGCUGUUUUAACAAGUCCCUUGAUAGAGCAGAGCUACGAACAGAUAUAUGCCAUCAUGAGAGAAUGCUGGAACAACAAUGUAAACCAGCGUCCCUCGUUUAGGGACCUUGCCCUGCGAGUGGAUCAUAUAAGGGACAACAUGGGUGGAUGAGAGAAUUUCCAUUCGUUCAGCAGACAUGUUGAAACACAGAACAAAACUUUGUUCUUUGGUUUGCUGUGGAUUAUUGACACGUUCACACACAUCCAUCCAUCUUUGCUCUGAGCAAAAUCUGUGUGAAAGUAUCCUGCCAGAAUCUGCAAACUGAGGAAUUCUGUUCAUUUUCUUCAUCAGGUUACAUUUUCUACUAUGAGAAGACACCAAUGAAAAACUUUAAUAGAAAGGGGAAUUAUUUUUGUAAACAAAACAGCAUACCUAUUAUGUGAUCGUUCAGCAUCACCAUUAUUUGCCUUACUUGGCAAUGCAAAAAAAAAAAUUACUUACCAAUAUGGUGAGGAUUUUAGAAAUGAGAAGACCGAAUGCAUUUCCUGGCAGACAGACAUACACAGAAUAUAUUUUUGUCUUUUCACACUGAAUGUAUAGCAUCUUGUCAUCCUGUUUAGUGUAUUGCACAAGGGCUUGUAUCUCAUAAUUUGUUGCUGUCAUUGCAGGAAUAGCUUUACUAGAGAACAAAUUGAAGGUGGUUAGAUAACUAAGAAGCUUCUAAUGUGCCUGUUUGAGCCCUUUAUUGUUCAGCAAUAUACGUAAAGGUAUUCAUCAGGCAGUUUGUAUGAUGUACUGUAAAUAUUUUAAGGGAAAGGGAACAAAUAUUUAGAUUUGGGCAGCCUGCAACCCUCCUUCACCUGAAAAUAACAUUUUGUAAUGAACUUGUGAAAAUUUAGCACAACUUAUUUUUCUCUUUUCCCUCCUGUGCCUAUUGUGGAAGUGUUGGGUUCUCUCCCUGUUUUAUGAAGGUACGGACAGCAACUAGAACUGAAGCUGCCUCCAAUAAAGCAGUGACUUCUGUUUACCAUUUCUUAGAAUAAGAAUGCUAAAUAUAUAGUUAACCCUUUUACAUGCUGCUUUUUCCCCUUUCCAUCUGUAUAACCUCCAGGGAGUGAUAGGUUUAACUCUAAAUAGGAGUUUUGCCUUGGGGUUGAACUAAAGAUAGAAAGCACCCUCCACAACCCCUUUCCCCAAUCCAAAGAAAAGGGUUUACAACAAAACUCCUUGCAUGGCCAGCCAUCAUCUUGCCAGGACUAUUUUCUGAUGAAGCUACACCAUCCCAUCUCAUAUUUUCUGCUGAUGGUAAAACCCAGGGAAGUGGGGUUAGGCAGAAAAUCCCAACAAGACUUCACAGUCAGUGAAGUGGCCAGGGCUAUCCGGACACAGGGGUGCCUGUUGCCUGUGUGCAAGAAGGUGUGUGUCUGACAGCAUGAGCUUAUUAAAGAUCUCUGCAGGAAAGGUAAUACAACUCCAGGCUGAAAUACCCUGAGUAUUGAGUGUCCCAAUGUGUAAAGAUCAGGGGGAAUAAGUGCUGUUGUCUCUAGGUGUAAAUCAGACUGAUGUUUCAGAACUUAAGCCAUAUGAUUCUACUUGCUCUCAUAAACUAGAGUACUUUGUACCUUGUUUGAAUCUCUUUGUUUGGCUAGUUCACCCUACAUUUUUGAUGAGAGAAGCUUGUUUUAGGGGCCUUGUAAUUCAGCAAAGUGCUCUUGCAUCCAAGUAGAAUAUUCAUUUUAAAAUGAAUCGGCAGUGAGUGAAUGAAACAGCAAUUAUUCAUAAACAUGUAAGGUGCACAGUAGUGAUGUCAUAAUGUACAUCUAAUAGGAAUAUUUUAAAAUUUACCUCAGUUUUAAAAAUGCUUACCCAGUGUUCAGUUUAAAACAGUGCCAGUAUGAGCAAGCUCCAUACCACUUGGGAAUUCUUUCCUUGAUCCUUACUCAGGCAAAACUCACCUUGACUUACUGGAGAGAGGUUUUGUCAGAGUAAGAGGGCAGCAUAAGUUCCUCUAUUCUGAAUAUUGGAUCUAAUAGUAAUUUAUAUCUGUUGUCACAAAGUUUGAAACACUUAAAUCAGCAUUUUUAAAAAGUAACUUUAAAUUGCAAAUAACUUUAAAAUUCUUUGUCCAAAGCAAUGCUUCUUAUUGCAUUUCUGUACAUUGCUUUGGAGUCUGUUUCAAAAUGAGCUUGUGGAAAGAGAUGUCUUUGCAUUUGUAGAGUCAUAACUUGGUGUAUUGUUUUUUGUAACAAAACAAAAUAGAGCUUUACAAGCAUUAAAACAGCAUUAUAGCUGGGAAAACAUACAGAAACAAAUCGAAAAAUGCAGUGUAUAACACUCGGUAACAAAUAGGUUUCCAAGAAAUACUAGAUGGAAUAUAAUUUAUGUAAAAUUUAAAAAAACCUCAGGGAAGUUUGUGUAAUGCAAUGAAGAGAUCUUCCAUUCUGCUAUAUUUUUCAAGAAAAUAAGACAUCCUGUUUGUUCUACUAUAGUCUGAUUUAAUUUCAUACACUUUGAUUUAAUAACUGUAGUGUUAGAAUAUAAAAGGAUGAAGAUUUUUGAAGUUCUGUAUUAUUUUAUUAGAUGCUUUUUAAAAGAUGUUUUUAUUUUUUGUUUGUUUGUUUUCUUGGUUUUUUUUAAUGUUCCAUCAUUUUUUAGACAAUGCUUUAACUUUACGAAGCAGUCAAAUUUUGUUCUCUCUAUUGGACAGGGACAAAAUAACCCAUUAUAACAACUCUCUGUAAGACAUGAAUAUGGCAUGUUGAGCAUCCCCAGCUCAAUAAAUAGGAGCAAGCAGUGCUUAGCAACUCCAAGAGUUGUACAGAUCUUGUAAGAUUUUCAGUUCUGUGGUAUAUAUGUUUAGUUCUAUGUAUGGACAAAAAUCACACGUUUUUUCAAAUAACUAUUUGGUUGUUUUUCAAGACGAUACACACGUAGUGACUUUGCUAGACUUCAUGCCAAAUGUAGUAAACUUUUUAAAUUAAUGCACUUCAGAAAUAAGUUCUUAUGAGAGUUACAGUAGCUCUGUAUAUACUGUGGUAUUUUUUUACAUUAGUCUUUGAAUUAACAGAUAAGUCGUAAUGAUUUUAAAGUUGGUAUUCACUUUUUGUCACAUUUUCUUGUUAUUUAUAUGCUACCAAAAUGCUGUGAUUUGUUGUGAAAAAUUCUGUGUCCUACAAAUACAUGACUGCUGCUAUAAAGUAAAGUGACGUUUAUUACAGCUACUGCUUCAGAUUUUUUAUUAAAGAAAAUAAUUUUACUAUAAAGGAAUUGUUUAUUGUACAAAGUCUUUACAAACAAAUGUUUUUUAUUUCCUAAUGUAAUACUGGUCUGUGGUCCACUAGUUGUGAAUAUGUUGAGCUUCAAAAUCAUUCUUAAAUGUAUUCCACAAAGUUGCAACAGUCAUGUAAUAAACAAGAGGAAAGAGUUUUCAGACAGCUAUAACCUAACCUGAAAGGAAGAAAACUAGCAGCUUGUAAGAGUUUGGACAAAUCACAGUAUCUAAGAAACGCUUCCAUAGUUUUCAGAUACUAAUUACUGUAUAGCCCUAUGAAUAUAACUGUACCAACAUAUUUCAAAAAUAUUAAAA